AUGACUCGUUCCAAUACGCCUCACAGCCACUCACAGCACACCCAACAGCGCCCGUACUACGUUCCAUACUCUGCAGCUCAAGGCCAACACACCAAUGCGUCUUCCACUCGGUCGAGCCUUGCACGCCAAUCCAAUGGCCUCCAUGGUCUACCACAAAACAACAUGAAUACAUCAUCGUCAUCCAUCUCCACUUUUUCCGCUACCGAUGUACAUCCAACUCCCAGCGUGUCUCGUCUUGCUGCUCACCUUCCCUCUCACGCGUCCCCUUCCGCCUACGACCGCUUCAACGAAGUCGACUGGAUCAUCAAUCUCAGCUCUCGUAUCGGCAAUGCCUUGCAGUCUCCCUCGCGCAUCUUGCAGCACGCUGCCACUUCAUCCGCUGCUUCCCCUUCUUCCCCUUCUUCGUACGCCCUCAACUCUUCUCGAAGCCGCGUGCGUUUACCUCGACCCAGCAAGGAGUUCCGCGAGCUGCAGCAUAGGAUCCAGCUCUCCCACACCUCAUCUUCCUCCACAGCACCUGCUGACGUCAGUCUGAUCUCCUCAAUCUCUGACCGGGCUGACGAUCCCGAUACUUCAGCUACAUCAUGGGCCCAGCACGCACAGCAAGACUUUGAGCAUCGUCGUGCCGAACUACAAAACUCACGUCAACAGGUUUUGAAGCAUCUGCAAGAUACCCGCACUGACAUUGACGCGAAUCAGAACAACAUGCACACUGCCGAACAGCGCUCCGUCGACCCUGCAGUGGAGCGAAGCAUUCUCACCGCAAAGUCGCUCCAAGAGUUGAUGCGUAGUGGCGGUUUGCAGUCGCAAGCGGCGGAACACGACGAUGGCUUUGACAAUCUGCUCUGCAGCGCAGAAGCCCUACCCGUCACAAACCAUGGACUUGGCCCUUCUUCGCUUUUUGAAGCGAAUCGAGCAUCAGACGGCUCGCUCGACAUCGAAUCCAUCCUUCGACAACGUGCUCAAAUAGCAGCCGCUCGAGACUCCGAUCCAUCUCGCCCAUCAAUUCCUUCAUCUACCAUGCUCAAUCUUUCCCAAGCUGCUUCAAAUCCCAAUAAAAAGCCUACAAUCGAAAUGUUGGGCGAUGCCUCGCCACCUCACUCGGAUCCUCAACCAAAUCAAGCAUCACAUGGCCAUGCAGAGCAGGUCAACGAGCAAACUACUCAUCUGGACAGUGACCAAAGAAGCGUGCCGCACCCACACCCGAUGGAUCAAAUUGCCAUUGUCGAUGGCGUGUUCAAGAUUAUUGCCACCCAGCCCCAGCAGCUUCCGCAACACCAUACCCAAACUCAACAUGUCCAAGUCGACGACGUGCACGUUCAAGACAACGAGCCAUUCAAACGAACCACCAACCACCAGAUAGACAGUGCGUCUGACCUGGAUGCCUCUGAUGGUACAAGAUCCGUCGCCGAUGGAGAAGAAGAGGAGCAGGAAGAAGCAAACCAGGAAGAGGUGGCCGAAGGGGAGGAGGAAGAAGAAGGAGACGAAGAAGAAGAAGAAGAAGAAGAAGAAGAAGGCGAUGAUGAUGAUGAAGACGACGAUGAAGAAGAAGACGAUGAUGGUGAUGGGAUGGAUGAUGGCGCUGAGCGCAGAAACACUUCCCACGCCGCAUCUCUACACUACUACGAUGGCUUUGGCGGUGUGAAUACCCGUGAUCUUCUAUUCGAGACUCCUAUAGGAGAUGCUGACGAGCCCAUCGUGCUGUCAGAUUCGGACGACAACAGUGAGACAGACAGUACCUCGAGCAACCAUCAAGUUGACAGCCAAGGAAGCCAAGAUGACCAAGUCGAGGAACAAGAUCAAGACGAGCUCGUGGAACAGUCGGACAGCCAAUCUGACAGUGAUAGUAAUCACCAAGAUGAGUCCAAUCAAGGCGACAUCGCUGGUUCACAACAGCACAGUCAUGAGCCGCAGCAACUUCAAAACCCCCUCGAUCUAGCUGACGACGAGCGACAAGAGGCCAAGACGCAAAGUGACGUAGAUGUCAGCGAUGCACAGCAAGAAGCUGCUCUUCAAAGCGAGCACAACGACGUUCUUAACAAUAGCGUCGAAAGUCGCAUUGUAUCAGGGUUUGACGACGGCCUUCUUGCUGAGCAGCUGGAGGCCGAGACACAGGAGCCCGAAAUGAGUCGCCCAGCUGCUGUCAGCUUUCUCAACACCGCAUCCGAACGAGCCAACGGUCAACUGCCGCACGAUUCUGAGGGUGAAGGCGUCCCUGAUAGCGAGGUCGAGCCAGAGGAGCUGGAUCAAGAUCUGCGUUGGUCUGACUUUGAACCCGCUCAACAGCAAGGCGAAGAUUCUUCACGUGCCCAAAGCCCGGCCCGACUCGAACCUGCUGACCUCGCUUUCCGCGCUAGGGUAGAAGCACACUCUAUGCCUGGCUUUGUUUCCGCCGCUCGGAUCUUUGCUGACAUCCAGACGUCGGAGGCUGAUUCGACAGACCAAGCCAGCCCACCAGCCUGCGCUUCAGACGAGCGAUUGGAGCGCAUUGACCCACAGCUGCUCGAAGGCUUCUCCAACAACGAGCUGGUCACUGACCUGUUCUCUUCCGCCCACACCGCAUCCAAUGAUGAUCCACAAGAGUCGUCACGCUCGAAAGUCCAAACUGAAGCGGACAUUUUCGACGCAUUCACACGCCAAGACGCCUCCUCGGACACCCAUGAUACUGUCGAUGAGCGACAGCUUCAGGAUCAGGAGGCAUUCCCCGCGGCUGCCGAGGACAUACAGGAUACUGAGUCUGCCAUCGAAGAGGAUCAUGACGCGGCGAUUGAAGUGCCGCCUUCCAAGCCUGGAGAUGCUGUCUCCUAUUUCGAACGAGGUUCCGCCGCAGGAGAGGCUGAUCUGCACCGUCCCGACACGGAUCAGGACUCACCUGCCGCCGCCGCCCCCGAGGAAACACAGAAUGAUGGAGCUGUCAUCAAGGAGAGUCACGAUGCAGACACUGAAGAGUCGCUCACGAAACCUGGAGAUGUUGAUUCCGUUAACGAACAAGGUGCUGCUGCCAGUGAGGGUGAUGAUGUUUUAGCAGGAAGCGAGCUCGGAAAAGAUGCCGAGACAAAGCACCAUGCUUCUUUACCCAGCCUCGUCGCGGAGAAAAUGGUAGGACGUCAGGGCAAUCAGCAUGUCGACACCGUUGAGCAGGUUAACGCCUCCCACUCAGACGCAAAGGAGGCUCCUGCAUCUCGAGAGCAAAUGGGAGUCUCUCAGUUUGGCGAAGCAGAAGAGCUCCUCACUGCCGCACCGGUAUCCGUUGGCGAUAAAGAUGGAUCCGACGCAACCAUCGAGAAAAGCCAAGCCAGCUUGAUGUGCAUCGAAAGCACAGAUGUGCUAGAGGCAGAUGUCCAAGACAAUAGUGGGAACGAGGCUGCACCUGAUGCGGCUAUUCUCCAACUGGAAAAUGGGCCCGCGCUGGUCGCAGCUGCGGAUGCUUCGUCCAACGCCGAAGCAAAUACAGUCGAAGCCGACAGCAAUACGAUAGGCAUUUUGAAUACCGAUGUCAUUGUGGACGCGCCCGUCUCUGUCAAUUCGGAGCCUCUGGACGCAUCCGUAGCGCUCGAGGCCUCCGAGCCACAUGUCUCUGUCCAUGUUCCGGAGGAAGCCAUCCAUGAAACAGAAAAAGAGGCCACUCUGAGCGGCCAUCUUACCGAUCGAGACAGCAGCCUCGAACGACAAGUGGCACCAGCAGCUGCUGCCACCCUUUCGGCUAUCCAGGAACAUUCGACUGCGCAAGGCGAUGCGGCUCAGGUGUACACCGAAGUCAAGGCAGAUGUGGAUGCUGCUGCUCUGGUUCCUAAUCCUUCGGAAAAAGUGUCCUCGGAACAGGAGAAGUCCAAAGAUACUGCGCUCGCCAAAGAGGAUGCUGACCAGCUGGCAGAUGAUCAAGGCGGAAACGGUACCUCUCCAGCUGCGAAAGUCAGCCACCACCAAGGCUCAACUGAACACAAUCUUUCAUCAGAUGUUGCAAACGAGCAGCCGACGUUCUCUAAGCCGGAACAGGAGAGCAAAGAUAUCGACCUGCCCGUCUCCGUUUUUGAAAACAGUCUGACGCCUAGGCGCGUCCCGCCAUCACCCGCCUCGUCGGACCGUCGUUCUACUUCAAGCUUCACGCCAUCCGCCAACCGCCAAGGCAAUCGACAUCUGCACGGUGCCGCGAAGCGGAACUUCUUUGCGCAAGUCACCGAAGCUGCAUCGGGUCUGGCUAGCAACUUGGCCGCGCCACUCCGUGCGCUUCCAUCUCUGCUGCCCAUCAGCGAGAGACGAGCGGAAGAAACGCGCGAGGACAACGAGAAAGCGGAACAUACAGCAAGAAUUGAAAACAAGAUGGAAGGCAACGGCCGUGAAGAAGAGCGACAGCAAAAAUCUCGCUCGAACAAUUCAACGGAGCUGCCGAAAUUCACCAUUACCACUCGAUCUCAUUGCAUUUGCCGCAGGCUGCAGUUGAGCAAAGUCGAGGGUGCGCCCAUCUUUAUCGUUCCGGGCUGCUCGAUCAACUACGAGCAGGCUCACAAGGAAGGUGCCGAGGACUUGGGUCUUACAGACGAAAGCCUCGCGGACGACUGGCUCACUGUGGACCCUGACUUGAUUCCAGAGGACGUGCACCAUACGCUCAGCCGCAUUAUCGGUCUUGAAUUUCUCAAUGAAGGCAUCUGUGUGGAGCCCGACUCGACUGCGGCCAAGCUUGUUUUCUCCGGUUUCGACCUGGGGGUGGACCUCCUGCCGCCUCUCGACGAGGAAGCGAGCCACAGCCAGGGUAUGGGCUCUGACGACACAGUCAACAAGCGGGACCUGGACGCCAAGGUCGAGAACAAGACAGGCGAGAGCGCAAAGAAUGUCGAGAACUCUAGUGACGAAGCAAGAGAAGAGAAUGACUCGGCUCAUACAAGGACAGACUCAUCCGAAGGCAACAACCUUGAACAAGAACCAGAAACACCCACGCGAGCGACCAGACGGAGCAACCGACACCGACGAAAUAGCAGUGCAGCAUCGGCGUCAUCGCACCAUCGUUCGCCUCGCCAUGCCGAUCCGAAGAGUCCUAAUGCCGACUAUCUGCCAGAGGAGGAAAGACGCCGCUUGGCCAAGCACAGGCAUCCGCAAGCUGUCGUUUCUGGAGACGUCUCCAUUGCUUCGCUUGAAAAGCAAGCUACAGAGCAGAUGGCAGAAGACCACUCGUCCAAGGUGGGGACUAUCAAAGAAGACGACCAGGCAGAGGUGCAUGCGCCACCCGCCCCGCCAGCCGCUCUGCCGUCGCAAUCGAAGAAGAAGCGUGGUCGACCUCGCAAAAGUGCUGCAAAAGAUGCUCAGGAUACACCGACGGCACAACACGAGCCACGGGCGAAUGAGGUUGACCUUGAUCUUCCUUCAUCCCCCAAGCUAAAAAAGCGCCGAGGCCACAAGUCUGCAGCCUCCGCUGCGCCUGAUGCGGGUGAGGCGCCCAUCAAUGAGGACGAGGACGAGCAUGAUGCUGUGGCAGUCGAGAGUGCUCUCGAUGCUAUCGAGCUAACGCCGAAGAGAUCGCUUCGAGGGGGCCAAACUUGUGAAGAAAAAGCCGAGUUGAAAGAAGAAGGUGAUGCCGAGCGAAAUCAUAGGCAGAACGAGGAUCGAGAUCAGCUCGAACCGCAACAGGACAGCAAGAGAAAGGCUGGUCGAGGUAGGAAAAAGCGCAAACAGCCCAGCGAAGAGAAUUCAGUCGCCUCGUUAAGGGAAGAAACAGAAGCAGACAAAAAGAUUCCCAAGCUAGAUCAGGCAGACAGCGUAAAAGAGAUCCACACGCGCCGCCGAUCGCGAGGAGGCGCAGCUUCCCAGAGUCCAAGCGCCACUAAGACGAGUCCGCGCAAGUCGCUGAAACGCAAGGUUCUCAAGCUGAACUGA